GGGUAGCAACAGUUGCCCCGGUGAGGGAAACGGAGGCGCCAUAGCCACGGUAGUCGUGGCGACCAAGCAACCCGGCAACGCGAGUCAACAACAACAACCGCCCGGCCGACCCCCACCCCCAACCCCCCCUGCCCGGCCCGGGGACCCCAGCACGUUCCGUCCCCCUCCCAAUAUCGCCUCCGAGACCUCUGGAAAGCCCUUCUGCGGACAGAAGUAGGAAGAAGCCGAGAAAAAAAAAAAAGCCUUAUUUAUUAUCAUUUUCCCCACUGUUGGCAUGGCAACACCAGCGUAUGUUACUGAGCUACAGGCAGCCCCGCAACCACCCCAGCCACCACAGGCCCCGCCCCAGCCACCGCCACCACCAGCGGCACCCCAGCCCCCCCAGCCGCCUGCCACCGCUGCUACCCCCCAGCCCCAAUAUGUCACUGAGUUGCAGAGCCCCCAGCCCCAGGCGCAGCCACCAGGCAGCCAGAAGCAGUACGUGACGGAGCUCCCGGCCACCCCCACGCCCUCGCAGCCCGCGGGCGCGCCCACCCCGUCCCCGGCGUCCCAGCAGUACAUCGUGGUCACCGUCUCUGAAGGCGCUAUGCGGGCCAGCGAGACUGUAUCGGAGGCCAGCCCAGGCUCCGCAGCCAGCCAGACCGGAGUCCCCACUCAGGUGGUUCAGCAGGUGCAGGGCACCCAGCAGCGUCUGCUGGUCCAGACAAGCGUGCAGGCCAAGCCGGGCCACGUGUCACCCCUCCAGCUCACCAACAUCCCCGUGCCCCAGCAGGCUCUCCCCACGCAGCGUCUGGUGGUGCAGAGCACAGCCCCAGGCGGCAAGGGCGGCCAGGUUUCCCUGACGGUGCAUGGCAGCCAGCAGGUGCACUCGCCCCCGGAGCGGUCGCCGGUGCAGGCCAACAGCUCCGCCAGCAAGACGGCCGGGGCCCCCACGGGCACGGUGCCACAGCAGCUUCAGGUCCACGGCGUUCAGCAGAGUGUCCCCGUCACCCAAGAGAGGUCCGUGGUCCAAGCCACUCCACAAGCGCCCAAAGCCGGCCCCGUGCAGCAGCUCACAGUGCAGGGGCUCCAGCCAGUUCACGUGGCUCAAGAGGUGCAGCAGCUCCAGCAGGUGCCUGUCCCACACGUGUACUCCAGCCAAGUGCAGUAUGUGGAGGGCGGUGACGCCAGCUACACGGCCAGUGCCAUCCGCUCCAGCACCUACCCCUACCCGGAGACGCCGCUCUACACCCAGACAGCGGGCACCAGCUACUACGAAGCCGCGGGCACCGCUGCCCAGGUCAGCACGCCCGCCACCUCCCAGGCAGUGGCCAGCAGUGGCUCCGUGCCUAUGUACGUGUCCGGCAGCCAGGUGGUCACCAGCUCCACCAGCAGCGGGGGUGGAACCAGCAACAGCGGCAGCGGCGGCAGCGGCAGCGGGGGAGGCGGUGGCGGGGGUGGUGGCAGUGGCGGCAGCGGCAGCGGCGGUGGCGGCGGAGCGGGUACCUAUGUGAUCCAGGGCGGCUACAUGCUGGGCAGUGCCAGCCAGUCCUACUCCCACACCACCCGUGCCUCGCCAGCCACCGUUCAGUGGCUGCUGGACAACUAUGAGACGGCGGAAGGGGUGAGCCUGCCACGGAGCACCCUCUACUGCCACUACCUGCUGCACUGCCAGGAGCAGAAGCUGGAGCCCGUCAACGCCGCGUCCUUUGGCAAGCUCAUCCGCUCCGUCUUCAUGGGCCUGCGCACCCGACGUCUUGGCACCAGGGGCAACUCCAAAUACCACUACUACGGCCUGCGCAUCAAGGCCAGCUCGCCCCUGCUGCGGCUGAUGGAGGACCAGCAGCACAUGGCCAUGCGGGGCCAGCCCUUCUCGCAGAAGCAGAGGCUCAAGCCCAUCCAGAAGAUGGAGGGCAUGACCAACGGUGUGGCUGUGGGGCCGCAGCAGGCCACUGGGCUGUCCGACAUCAGCGCCCAGGUCCAGCAGUACCAGCAGUUCCUGGAUGCCUCGAGGAGUCUCCCUGACUUCUCAGAGCUUGACCUCCAGGGCAAAGUGCUCCCCGAGGGCGUCGGGCCCGGGGAUAUCAAGGCCUUCCAGGUCCUGUACCGGGAACACUGUGAGGCCAUCAUCGACGUCAUGGUGAACCUGCAGUUCACCCUGGUGGAGACGCUGUGGAAGACCUUCUGGAGGUACAACCUCAGCCAGCCCAACGAGGCGCCUCCGCUGGCGGUGCAUGACGAGGCUGAGAAGCGGCUGCCCAAGGCCAGCCUGGUGCUCCUGUCCAAGUUUGAGCCAGUGCUGCAGUGGACCAAGCACUGUGACAACGUGCUGUACCAG